CUGACCAGAUAUCAGUAGGCUGAGAUAGAUGGCAAGCGGUUGUCAUUUUUAUGCCACUGGAAAGAAAUCCUCUGAUGCGUAUCUCGUGGAUGACGCUUGAUGUGACGUUUACGUCAAAAAGUGCGACUUAAACUAAGUUUGGAUAUAUGUUUUUCUUUUUUUCACCACUUAGAAACGCCGAGGAGCUGGUAGUGAAAGUUUGGAGACAUUUCGAGAGUCAUUAAAAAGUUAGAAGAAACAUUUUGGGACGUUUUGUGUCGGUCGUGUUGAGAGAUGUCUGAAUCAGAGAAGAAUGAAAACAUUCCCGAAGCGUCUGCAAGAAAAGGAAAUUCAAACACAGGGAAUACAGCAAAAAGCGAAGAGGAUUUUAACUUGGCUGCCAUCUAUGUGUCAGAUGCCCAGUACAACAGAAAUGUCUACUUUGACACAUCACCUCAGGCUGUCAGACUGUAUAUGCUCUAUAAUCAUUGGGCCCUAAAGGUACUCCUCUACUUCUUCAUGCUGGUCAAUCUGUCUCUUGCCAUCUUCGAGGAUCCAGCUGUAUACCCUCUGCCUAUAUGGGCCACCAUGCUGGUGGAGAUACUCUGUCUGCUCAUCUUCACCAUUCGAGUCAUUCACUAUGCCAAGGUGAUUCUCCGUGACAAGUUCUGGAAAGAUCCCAAAAAUAUCUGCAUCAUUGUCAUCCUCACGCUCACUUUGGUUGAUAUGAUCAUUUAUGGAGCAUUGAAAGCUGCAAAUUAUUAUGGUGUUCGCUGGUCCAGAGUCCUGCGGCCGCUUCUACUGGUCAACGUCACAGAGGGACGGCAGCUCCGCAGAGCAUUCAGGAGCAUCCGUAAUGCUCUGCCUCAGAUUUUCUACGUCUUCCUGCUCUUCAUGUUCAGUAUCCUCAUCUUCGCCCUCAUGGCGCUGAAGUUGCUGGGCAAACGAGGUUUGACGAACAUAAAUGGAACACCAUAUUUCACCAGCUACCUGGAAAUCAUGUUUGACUUGUACGUCCUCGUCACCACGGCCAAUAGCCCUGACGUCAUGAUGCCAGCAUACAACGCCAACUUCUUCUUCGCAGUCUUCUUCAUUGUGUACAUCCUUAUCAACACUUACAUCUUCAUGUCCGUCUUCCUGGCUGUCGUAUACAACAACUAUAAAAAAUACUUGAAGGAAGAGGUACGGCAGCUAGUGAGAGCUAAGAGGCACAAGAUGGUGCGAGCAUUUGGUGUCCUACAGGAGCAAAGGGAGGAGGGCGGCGAGCCAGUGGUGACCCAGGCCAGCUGGAACCAACUGGUCCGACUGGUCCAACCCAACCUUAGUAAUGCUCACAGAGAGCUGCUAUGGAGCGUCUCUGAUGACAAGAACCAAGGGGCCAUUGGUAAGGUGGCAUUUGUCCAGCUUGCUGACCUCUUGAAUAUUGAAAUAAUAACAAUUAAGUCAAGACCUCAUCCACUUCAAAGUUUGUGCCCUUCCCUCUACCAGUCAGCCCCCAGCAAACUCCUAUGCCAACUGGUCCAACACCGGGCCUUUGUUAUGGUAUAUGACCUGAUCAUACUGGUGAAUGCUGUUUUCAUCGGUCUUGAUGAGGAGAAUCCAAUGAUUGCGAAUUCAGAGUGGGUUUUUCUGGCUCUGUAUAUUCUGGAGAUUCUGCUGAAGCUGUAUGUGUUUGAGCCCAGAGUGUUCUUCUCCAAACACAGUUUUUGGAACUGGUUUGACACAGUCAUUGUCAUCUCUGCUCUUAUUGCCACCAUCGUAAACUCUGUGAUGAAGUCAUCGAGUCAUUUCUCCAGCCGACAAAUCUUGGACAUUGUUUUCAUUCUACGAGUCCUCAGACUGAUACGGGUGGUGGACAGCAUCAAAAGGUUUCGUACAAUCAUCAACACCCUGAUCAGGAUUGGACCAGCAAUCCUCACAUUUGGACAGCUUAUCAUUGUGGUGUACUACAUUUUUGCCAUGGUGGGGAUGGAGCUCUUUAAAGGGAAGGUGACGUUUUAUGAACAGAGCUCCACCGAUCCAGCAAAGGCAUAUUGUGGUAAUCCUCUGCUGAAUGGAACAGACUUUGCAAAGCUCAACUACUGCAAGAAUAACUUCAAUGAUGUGGUCUCCUCCUUCAUCCUGCUGGUUGAGCUUACCGUGGUCAACCAAUGGCAUGUUCUCAGCAGCGGCUUUGCCACAGUCACCCACAUUUCGGCCAGGAUCUUUUUUGUCCUCUUCCACGUCAUAGUCGUCAUCGUCAUUCUCAAUAUCUUCGUGGCGUUUGUCCUUGAGGCGUUCUUUGUGGAGUACUCUGUGGAUAAAAGUGACUUGCAGACAUCUUUGGAGAGGAAGAUUGAAGAACUGGAGCUUGCUGUGGCACAGGAGAUGAUGGAGGACAACUUGGUGAACGCCAUGGAAACUAUUGACAAUGACCUGGGAGGCAGCCAGUCAGCAAAACCAAACUUACCGUCCCUGAUGUUUAAAAUUGCUUCAAAAAGAUAUCGAACAGUGGACGCCUUGUUACAGCGGAUAUUUGAGGCUGAUCUGGACCCUGAAGAUUUUGCUGAGAAUGACGAUCCUGAAGCUACGGGCAACGAGAAUUUUGCAAAUCCCUUAUUCAGCCAUGCAUAGGCAUUUGUAAACAUGUAUGAAUGGAUACAAACUGUAGUCAUUUUACACUUUCAGAAAUGUUGAAAUCUGAUGUUUAUCCAGUGCAGUGUGUCAACAAUAUGAUUGGGUGCUAAUCAGUCUUAUCUAGUGUUAAAUGUUCAUAUUGUCCUGUAUCUUUGUGUAAAAAUGCAAGAAAACCAGAAUUUUCACAUAAAGAAUUCUUGCACAGAA